AUGGAGUUCCUCCCCAGCCUCCAGCAUGGUAUAGACGACCUCAAGCCUUCUCUCUUCGAGCUCCUCUCCGAACAACAGCUCGCGUCACUGCUUCCGCCUUCGCUCCGCUACCUCCUCGCCGUCUCCACGCAUCGAUAUCCGCGCUAUCUGCUGCCCGUGCUGAAUUCUUUCGAUGAGGUUUAUGCAUUGGUAAUGCUGCUCGUUGAGCGGCACUUCCUGCGCACAUAUGGUGGCUCAUUCACAGAGAACUUCUACGGCCUCAAGCGCGCAAAAGUCCUGCGAGUCAAAGGCGGAGAGAUUCCCCGCGCACAGCUAGGCGCGAGCGACAGCGUACGAGAUGCUGUGAGAUUGAGAGAAGGAGACAUAUGGCGGAAUCUCGCCGUCCUCGUCGGAUUGCCAUGGCUGAAGAGGAAGCUGGACGAUGGGUACGAUGUCCACGCCGCCCACUCCAACAUCCUCGGCGCUGGCUACAGUCGGGAAAGAGAUGGACUUCGACCCGGUGCAACUAUUAAAGAGCGGUUACUGUUCUACUACAAGUGGUUUCUGCGAAACAUCUACCCAAGCGUCAACGCCGCCUACUAUUUCUCGCUUAUAGUGUUCAACAUGGCGUACUUAUUCGACGGAACAAAGUACUCAUCACCUUUUUUGUGGCUGAUUGGGACGCGAAUAAGGAGACUAGGCGAGGCAGACCACAAGGCUAUCGCGCUGGCAACGCAGCCGCGAAAAGUCGCGCCGGCGCGGCCUGGAGAGGGCGGCUCUAUGUUCACGCCAAGGAAUGUUGCGCGCAGCAUCAAGCCACGCUUGUUAUCUUCGCUUAAGAUACUGCUGCCUACGAGUAUCUUCGCGCUGAAGUUUCUGGAGUGGUGGUACGCUUCAGACUUUGCGCGACAACUAUCGCAGAAGGCUGCUGAAAACAUCGAACUACCACCGCCAGUGCUUCCUAGCCUGCCACCUUCGACAAAACGAGAAACCGGUAAACAAGCAUUAACGGACGAGAAGCAGAAACCUCCAUCGUCUUCGUUAGAGAAGAGCAAACACAUUGACCCGCCAAUAUCUUCAUCCUCGCUUUUACCUAUCUUCACUGUACCAAUACCGAUCGAAUCACAUCUGUGUCCCAUUUGCGCCACCCCUAUAGUAACACCUACCGCGUCACCGACUGGUUUUGUGUACUGUUACAAAUGCAUACAUCAGUGGGUCGAAGGCUCCCAUGAACGCCAGGUGGCUUUCAUGGAGGGUGCCGCAGGCUUCAAGAUUGAGGAUGGGGAAGAGGAGGAUGAGGGCUGGGAGAGAGAAGAAGGGAGCCGAGAAGGCCGAUGGGAGAAUGGAAAAGGUCGAGACGCUGUCACGGGCAGAAAUAUGCUCGGAGGCACAGAAGCUCUCCGACGGGUCGUGGUCUGA